AGGGGGAUGGCCUUCCUGACACGGAUGCAACACCUACCGAGGUGCUGCAAGCUGCAGAGGCGCUGGAAGCAAGCAUGGCGGCAGAGGAAGCAGCCCUCACAGACAAGCAGCGGCAAUGGCUACGGGCGAAGCUGGGCCAGCUGUGUACCGAAGAGUUUGUGGAGUGGGGGCAUCAGGCGUAUUCUGGCACUCCCUUCCGUGAGGUGUAUGCCAGCCGAUGUGGUGGAUGCGACCUGCCACAAACCAUCGGUGACAGUCACAACCAGACCUUUGCGGAGCCAGGGUCAUGGCAUGUGGACGACAAUGGAGACCCUAUCUACUUCAAAGCCGGUACGCAGCCCAACCGUUAUGCAGGGGAGGAGGAUACGCAGCUACAUGAAAC